GCACUUGACGCAGACCGCGCUGUGAUUGGGUGCGCUGUGUUGGCUGCGCCUUUGUUCUCCAGUCUGGCUGGACUGGAAGAUGGCUUCUGCUGUGCGGGACACGGAGUGACCGCGGGUCUGUCAUCAGAGCUCAGACCGAGGAGACCGACCAGAACCCGGACGACAACACGAAACCCGGAGGACUGCCCUCCUCCCCCCGGAAAAAGGCGCUCGUUAAAGUAGCCAGCAGGAGGCGUCAUCUAAGUUGCAGACAUGGACACCACCACCUCCAUCAAGAUGACCACUUUGGCCAUCCAGAACCUGUUCAGCUAUGUAGAGGAAGAGAACCUGGAGGCUCUUAAAACUCAUCUCGACCGCUUUAAGGAGGUGGAUGGACGCAGUGAUAAUGGCCAGACCCCCCUCAUGCUGGCAGCAGAGCAGGGCAGCCUAGAGAUCAUUCAGGAGCUUAUUCGAAGAGGAGCCAACGUUAACCUGGAUGAUGUUGACUGCUGGUCAGCUCUGAUCUCUGCAGCAAAGGAGGGCCAUGUGGAAGUGGUGAAGGAGCUGCUGGAGAACAGCGCAUAUAUUGAGCACAGAGACAUGGGGGGUUGGACUGCUCUCACCUGGUCGUCCUAUAAAGGACGCAUGGAGGUAGCAGAGGUGCUUCUGGAGCACGGAGCCAACCCCAACACCACCGGACAGCAGUACAGCGUCUACCCCAUCAUCUGGGCUGCAGGUCGAGGACAUGCUGAUAUUGUGAAGUUGCUUCUGCAGCAUGGAGCCAAAGUCAACUGUUCGGACAAGUAUGGGACCACUCCUCUGAUCUGGGCAGCCAGGAAGGGGCACUACGACUGUGUGAUGCACCUCCUGGAGAAGGGCGCUGACGUGGACCAGGAGGGGGCGAACUCCAUGACAGCUCUGAUCGUGGCUGUGAAGGGGGGGUACACUGAUGUGGUGAAGGAGCUGCUGAAGAGAAACCCCAACGUCAACAUGACGGAUAAGGAUGGAAAUACGGCACUGAUGAUUGCUGCCAAGGAGGGCUACACUGAGAUUGUCCAGGACCUGCUAGAUGCUGGGACAUAUGUGAACAUCCCUGACCGGAGUGGAGACACAGUGCUGAUCGGAGCAGUGCGGGGGGGACACGUCGAGAUUGUCAGAGCUCUGCUACACAAAUACGCUGACAUUGAUAUCCGUGGGCAGGAGAACAAGACGGCUCUGUACUGGGCCGUGGAGAAGGGGAAUGCCUCUAUGGUGAGAGACAUCUUGCAGUGUAACCCCGACACAGAGACUUGCACCAAGGAUGGAGAUACCCCUCUGAUCAAAGCCACCAAGAUGAGGAGUAUUGAGAUUGUGGAACUGCUACUUGACAAAGGAGCCAAAGUGUCUGCUCUGGAUAAGAAAGGAGAUACUCCACUCCACAUAGCAAUCCGUGGUCGAAGUCGCCGCCUGGCUGAACUCCUCCUCAGAAACCCCAAAGAUGGCCGCCUACUUUACCGCCCAAACAAAGCUGGAGAGACGCCUUACAACAUAGACUGUAGCCACCAAAAGAGUAUCCUAACACAGAUAUUUGGAGCACGUCACCUGUCCCCCACUGAGACUGAUGGUGACAUGUUGGGCUAUGACCUGUACAGCUCUGCUUUAGCUGAUAUUCUGAGUGAGCCCACUAUGCAGCCCCCCAUCUGCGUGGGCCUGUAUGCCCAGUGGGGCAGUGGCAAGUCCUUCCUGCUAAAGAAACUGGAGGAUGAGAUGAAGACAUUUGCUGGGCAGCAGAUUGAGCCGCUCUUUCAGUUUUCCUGGCUGGUGGUCUUCCUGUCCCUGCUGGUCUGUGGCUCAGUCACCAUUAUCCUGGGCUUCACUGCUGACCCCAAACUGGCCAUGGCGGUGUCCCUCAGCCUGCUGGCUCUGCUCUACCUGUUUUUUGUGGUGGUUUACUUUGGUGGGCGGAGGGAGGGUGAGAGCUGGACCUGGGCCUGGCUCCUCAGCACCCGCCUGGCCCGUCACAUUGGGUAUCUGGAGCUGCUUCUGAAGCUGAUGUUUGUUAACCCGCCGGAGCUGCCUGAGCAGAGCACCAGAGCUCUGCCUGUCAGGUUCCUGUUCACAGACUACAAUCGUUUGUCCAGCGUGGGCGGAGAGACGUCUAUGGCAGAAAUGAUCGCCACGCUGUCAGAUGCAUGCGAGCGAGAGUUUGGCUUUCUAGCUACACGUCUUUUCCGAGUCUUUAAAGCAGAAGAGACCCAAGGAAAAAACAGGAAGUGGAAGAAGACGUGCUGCCUACCAUCCUUCAUCCUAUUCAUCUUCGUGCUGCUCUGCCUGGUCAGCGGCUUGGCCUUGCUGGCCAUCUUUAAGGUGGACGGGGAGAAUCAAACGGUCAACGCUUUGCUGGUGGGUGUGGGCAGUGUUGUGGGCCUGGCUGUGUUGCUGAACUGUAAGACGUGGUGGCAGGUCACAGACUCGGUACUAAACUCCCAGAGGAAGAGGCUGCACGGUGCUGCCAACAAGAUGCACAAGCUGAAGAGCGAAGGCUUCAUGAAGGUCUUGAAGAACGAAGUAGAGCUGAUGGCGAAGAUGGCCAAAACCAUAGACGGCUUUACCCAACACCAGACCAGGCUAGUGGUGGUGAUUGAUGGGCUGGACUCCUGUGAGCAGGACAAAGUCCUACAGAUGCUGGACACGGUGCGCGUGUUGUUCUCCAAGGGUCCCUUCAUCUCCAUCUUCGCCAGUGACCCUCAUAUCAUCAUCAAAGCUAUCAAUCAGAACCUGAACACCGUCCUAAGAGACUCCAAUAUAAAUGGACAUGACUACAUGAGGAACAUCGUGCACCUGCCCGUGUUCCUGAACAGCAGGGGACUGUCGAGUGCCAGGAAGAUCAGCGCUUCUGCACCUGCCAAUGGAGACAGUAACAACUCUGAAGGUUGGCACGAGGAGCUGGACAGGAAACUGUCCCAGCACAGCUUGGGAGAGCUGAAGUUUGGGAGCAAGACUGCUCUGAACCGCCGGGACACGUAUCGGCGCCGACAGGUGCAGCGUUCUGUGACCCGUCAGAUGUCCUUUGACCUGACGAAGCUGAUGGUGACAGAGGACUGGUUCAGUGACAUUAGCCCACAGACCAUGCGGCGGCUACUCAACAUUGUCUCUGUCACAGGCCGUCUUCUACGAGCCAAUCAGAUCAGCUUCAACUGGGACCGGCUGGCCUCAUGGAUCAACAUGACGGAACAGUGGCCUUACAGGACAUCCUGGCUCAUCCUGUUCUUGGAGGACACUGACGGGGUCCCCGACCAGGCAACGCUCAAGACAAUCUACGAGAGAGUGUCAAAGAACAUACCAACUACCAAAGACGUGGAGCCGCUGCUGGAGAUUGAUGGAGAUGUCCGCAGCUUCGAGGUCUUCUUGUCCUCGCGGACCCCUUUUCUCACAGCUAGAGAUAUCCGCACCUUCCUGCCCUGCACAGUCAAUCUGGACCCCAAACUGCGGGAGAUCAUUGCAGAUGUUCGCGCCGCUCGCGAGCAGAUCAACAUAGGUGGGGUCACAUAUCCAGCUGUUGCCCUGACCGAUUCUCAGCCCCGCCCCACCUCGGUCUACAGUCAGGUGUCUUCCAGCUACUCACCCUCUGCCUCCUUCUGUGGACCCUUCAACCAGCCCCCCGGGGGUGUGCUCUCCCCUCCCCACAGCAGCUACUACAGCGGCAUGGUUGGCCCACAGCACCCCUUCUACAACCGGCCAUAUUUCCCCCACCUUUACCAGCUGCCACGCCCCUUUGUGGCACCCUACCCAAUCCACUUCCAUCAGCACCUGCCUCCUAAACACGCCGGCAGCAGAGACGCCACCUUACCUGGCUCUGCCUCUGUUGUGUCAGGGGUCACGCCCACCCCCCUCAGCUCCAUGACGACUGAUGCAGUGUGUGAGCGAGUGCGGCAGAUGGAGGGCAUUGACCAGAGCAUGGUUGGGCAGUACACCGCCACCAUCAGGAAGGCGAACGUGAACGGCCGGGUUCUGUUCCAGUGUAACAUCGACGAGCUGAAGAAAGAGAUGAACAUGAACUUUGGAGACUGGCAGCUCUUUAGAGCCACGGUACUGGAGAUGCGCCACAUGGAGAGCCAGAUGAACGAGGAAGCGGUCAGUGAACAAGGAAGCGUGGUGGGGGUUCCCACGGAGGUGGGAAGGAGGGUGAAGGCUCCGCCCACCACUGGCACUGGUAACAUGGAUGCCUCACCCAUGUACAGCUUCAACUUGAGCUUUGAGGAGCUGAGUGGAGCAGGAUUGGAAGAGCCAUCACGACCUGGAAACCCAUCCUGGAUGGGAGGCGCUCACCGAGCUGCCAGCAUGACCAGCCUUAACUCGCAGGAAUCCUCCAAUGAUAUCUCCAAACUGACGGACAGACAGCAGGCUGAGUACCGCAGUGCCUACCAGGAGUACAUUGCACAGAUGGCGCAGCUAGAGACAGGCUGCAGCCUUCGGGAGCGACCAGUGCAGCCGCAGCCUGAGCAGUUCAUGUCUGAGGACCGCCGCAGAGACGAGCAAGACAGCCGCAAGUCCAUCAGCAAGAAGAGCAGUGCCAAGCCAGCAGCAGAUGGCACUGACUUUGCCCCCAAUGGGGAGGUGCUGGACCCCAUUACUGAGGAGGAUGAGAAAGGUGAACACGGAUCCACCAAGUCCCUGCUGACCCGCAAGACCUCUGCUGAGAGGGGGGGACUGUUUCACGGAGCCGCCGACAUAAAGCUAAAGGCCACUGGGGGAGUGUGCUAUCAGAAGCUGACAAGUGAUGACGAGUCAGAAGAGUCUGAUAACGCCCCCCUCCUGAAGGAUGACACGAAGAUGGUGGAUCCGAAGCCCCCUGGGGGCUCGCUGGCUCUAAAGGGAAAGGAUUACCUGUCUGACGCCACACUUGACAAGAAGGACUCAUCCGACUCCGGAGUCCGCUCCAUUGAGAGCUCUCCUAACCACUCUCUGCAGGAUGAAGAGGCAGACCUGCCACAGUUGGGGGGCACUAACCUUAUCGAGUUGGACGCGGAAAGCCGCACCCGAAAGCAGGGAGUACCUGGGUGCCUGAGUGGCCUUCAGGACCCAGCUGUGGCUCGCAUGUCCAUCUGCUCCGAAGACCAGUGCAGCCUCCUGGCCAGCAGCCCCGAGGAUAGCUGGCCCCCCCCGAAGACGGGAAACCUCAACCGCACACCCAGCAAUGUCACCCUAAAUAACAACACCAACAGCCAGCAGGGCACCGGUUCUCGCCUGCUGCCAGAGGGCUCCACUUCCUCCACUAUUGAUGUCAACAUCAACGCCCCCCGGCCAGGGCCCAACAAUGAAAACGUGCGUGUGGUCCACCUUAAGAGAGGCCUCAAACCUGGAGACCCCCCUGAGAUCUGCUCUGUGCCCACUGAUGUAGUUGCGUUUGGUGAGGAGCGUGAGAGCAUCUUGUGAGCAGCGUCAUGAAGAGUGUGGGUGGCCCAAGAGCCCCCUCCCCAUCUUUAAUUGAAUUUAUCAAAGUCAUGUGUUGUUUGUGUUAGCUAGACCUUUGUCAGGGUUGAAGCAUGUUGUCGUGACAUAAACCUGCAGAAAGGAGAGCCUCUGCCCCCAGCCAUAAUUCUCUGUGGGGGUCAGUAGUAUCAAAACCACUUUGUAAGAAACUCGUAGAGUAAAAGUUUGUUCUUUGAUGUG